AUGCAGUCUGCGAAGCGCCAUCGCACGUCGGGCACCUUCGAUUGCCAAUCAUGUGGCAAGUCCUUUUCGCGAGUCGAGAACCUCACCCGACACGCCGAGAACCACAAACCCAGUGCGAGGUUCUCCUGUGGGUUGUCCUUGAUCAGUGAUGUCCUGAAACGCCAUCUGAAACUCCACCGUGCAAUCGAGGACCAGCGACCUGCUACAGUCACCGAUACAACGUCGCGGGAAUCUCCCACGGAACAUUCUAUAGCCACCCAUCGAAAUCCAGAGAAUGAGAUCCCGGUUACUUAUACCGACAUGCAACCUCCCUGGACAGAGGGCACUGCAAGUCGAAACGAUCCCGAAUGCUACACCGCUGCUCCAUCUGGAGCCCAUGACUCUCCACUAAGCCAUCAAUCUUACCCUCCGCUUCCUGACGGGUGCUACGGUGUAUAUGGCGAGGGGUCAUUCGACGCUGAUCUGGCUUGGAUUCUGGAUAUGGCACCACCGGACUGUAUGACUACUACCUCCUUGCCGGUCCAUGAGUAUCCUUCGCACGUUAAUGCACUACCAGUGCCUACGGCAGCCGGUGAGAGCGGUAGCAGUACUUCCGUUGAGAACAAUGACAACUGGCCUGAUGUCGACGGCGAUGGCAACCCAGAAUCUCUUCGCCCGCAGCAAGCACCGGUACUCCUCGUUCCAGAUUCGACCGGUUGGGUUGAUGCGCACGAGGUCUUGUCGCCUAUGCGCACCCUCGGCGAUGGGCCAGCACCGCAUUAUGCGGUCGAUGCUGAGGACGAGUCAUCGGUACUACAUGGUCUGCUUCCACCGGACGAGGCCCAGUUUCCAACUUCUGAAAUACUAGAGCACUUUCUCAGACUGUUUUUUGAGCACGUUUAUCCCCGUUUUCCAGCUAUUCACCAACCUACGUUCGCAACAGCAACCGCGCCGCCGUUUCUACUGUUGGCCAUGAUGCUUCUGGGAUCGAGCCACUCGAGAAGCAACCGUGGGCAGUUCGUAGCAAUUUAUAUCCGUCCCAUAGUGACGAUGUUCUCCAGGAUGCAGGCGCUCAACACCGCAUUUCUCCGAGAGACUGAUAACAUUCUUUCACUUCUCUUUCUCUGUGUUGCAGCCACCUGGUCGGGACAUAAAUUCGCGUUCGAGUUCGCAGAGGGCGCGCGUGGAAUUCUUGUCACCGCGUGCCGCCGCUGCAGGCUUCUGGAUUGCCGUCUGAAGCCACUGCCAUCCCCUGGCGCCGAUGGAGAACCCGUGCGCUUGAUGCGCUCCAAACUGCACCAGUCAUGGCAGUCCUGGGUUAAAUUGGAGCAGCGAAAGAGACUAGGACUUUCCAUAUACCUCUUCGACCUUCAAUUUCCUGCUCUCUUCCACAACCAACCUUACAUCUCCAAAGCCGAGACCGUAAACCUCGUCCUCCCCUGCCACGAGACCUUCUGGGAGGCAAAGUCCGCCGCUGCAUGGAAGGUUCUUCUCGGGCCCGCUGAAAUACCCCCAUCAACGUACUUCAUGGUGCCACUCGAUACAUGUCUCCUAUACCCCGCGGUUAAGCGCAAACCACCAUACGCGCCUAUUGACUCCUUCAGCAAGACGCUGCUUAUGUACGCUCUGUUCACGCACAUCUUCGAGUGGAGACAGUCGCUGAACCUCGUAUCGCACUCGGCCUUUAUCCGUGGCUCGGAAGGUACUGGGCCUGGCGAGGGCCUACUCGAGCGGCAGAUGUGGCUACGUGAUGCGCUAGAUGCGUGGAUGAGCUCGUACCACACUAACCAUAAUAUCGAAGCUCAAGCGCCAGACCCGGCACUUCUCCUCCACUUUCUCGCGCACAUCCAUCUGGAUAUCAACGUUUCAGACCUGCACCUCUUUGCGGGCCGAUCGGGACUGAACGAGGACAUUCAACUCGCCGAGGAUUCGCUUCGCAGAUGGUGUCGGAGUGCGGACUCUGCGAGGACGAUGCAUUACGUCUACGAGAUGCUUGGCCUUGCGCACCGAAUCAUCGAGGCAGAAAAUGAACCCCAGUGCGGCUUUGAGAUUGCGGUCGCCUUGUUCACGGGCGGGCUCAUGUGCUGGAUGUAUGCAAAACUUGGUGAGAGUGAGCGCGUAGGUCAAGCUACGUCUCAGAUCAACGUGGCAAGCAAUGCUCUCGAUGAAAUUAGUUGCUGGGGGAUCUGUUCAAACUUCGCUCAGAUCCUGAAGCGGUUUGUUGAGUAG